AUGUAUCACGUUGCAAAAGCAUCUGAAUUUCUGGUCGUUACUGGGAUGUUUAUCAAUGACAUAAAGAUCACAAAGAAGGCAAUUAUCUGGCCAUUUCAAAAAUGUAGAAUCAUUGACGUGACUCCUGUCAACUACACUUUUGAAGUUAAUGCAAUGAGCGCCGAGAAGCUGGCCUUCCUCCUCCCUGCUGUUUUCACUAUUGGUCCACGAGUUGAUGACCAUGAGUGUCUUGUGAAAUAUGCCAAGCUUCUGUCUCAUCAUAAGCGUGAUUCACAUGAUGUCAUGGAGCUUGUCAAAGGUGUCAUUGAGGGAGAAACUCGUGUUCUUGCUGCUUCAAUGACAAUGGAAGAAAUCUUCCGAGGCACCAAAGAAUUCAAAAAGGAGGUAUUUGAGAAGGUUCAGCUGGAGCUAGAUCAGUUUGGACUCUUGAUUUAUAAUGCUAACAUUCAGCAACUAGUUGAUGUUCCCGGACACGAGUAUUUCUCAUACUUGGGCCAGAAAACCCAGAUGGAGGCAGCAAAUCAGGCAAAGGUUGAUGUUGCUGAGGCAAAGAUGAAGGGUGAGAUAGGAGCUAAGGAAAGGCUAGGACUGACGCUUCAAAAUGCUGCUAAGAUUGAUGCCGAGACAAAGAUUAUAGCCACACAAAGGGAAGGUGAGGGGAAGAAGCAGGAGAUCAUGGUAAAAUCCCAAGUACAGAUUUUUGAGAAUGAAAAGGCAGCGGAUGUUGCUGAAGCCAAUGCUGAGUUGGCUACGAAGAAGGCUGGAUGGGCUCAGCAAGCAAAGAUAGCAGAGGUGGAAGCUGAAAAAGCUGUGGCCAUACGUGAGGCUGAGUUGCAAAAGGAAGUUGAGAGGAAAAAUGCAUUGGCUAAGACUGAGCAGCUGAGGGCCCAAUUGCUUAGCAAAGCUAGCGUUGACUAUGAGAUUAAGGCUCAAGAGGCAAAUUCAGAGCUCUACAAGAAGCAAAAGGCCGCAGAGGCAGCUUUCUAUGAGAAACAAAAAGCUGCGGAGGGUCAGAGAGUUGCAGCAGAAGCUCAACUAUAUUCAAAACAAGCAGCUGCGGAUGCAGAACUUUAUGCAAAGAGAAAGGAAGCUGAAGGGAUGGUGGCUCUUGCAGAAGCACAAGGAGUUUACAUCAACACCUUGCUGACAUCAUUAGGUGGAAACUACCACGCAUUCAGAGAUUAUUUGAUGAUUAAUGGUGGAAUGUUCAAGGACAUUGCCAAAAUUAAUGCUGAAGCCAUUAAAGGACUGCAACCAAAGAUAAGUGUCUGGGCAAAUGGUGGAGAGGGUAUGGAUGGAGCAGCAGCUGGAAAUUCAGCCAUGAAAGAGAUAGCAUCAGUUUACCGUGCAUUGCCUCCCCUGCUUGAGACAGUGAAUGAGCAAACUGGUAUGCUGCCUCCAGCUUGGGUGGGUAGUCUCUCCAGUUCUAGAUCUAGCCAGCCAGCAAAUUAGUAAUCAAAGCAAUAGCUAGUGGUAGGACCUCAUUUACAUUGCACUGAUCUCUAAACUUGCUGAAUCAUGUUUUUUUAUCUUGCUCAUGCUACAUGCCUAAUUAUGAGGUAAAUUUUCAA